ACUUCAAUCCUUAUGGAAGCACAAUUCUGUUGAAUUUCAAAAGUUUUCAUCUCUCAAACAGGAAAUUCAAAAGAUAUCAACUAGUAAUUUAAAGGAAAAGAUCAAAAAAUGGCGAAGGUAACUUUCCUACUUGCAUUCUCACUGGUAGUGUUUCUGUCAAUCCAGACGGUAUUGGGCGAUGAUGUCGAGAACCCAAAUGCAUUUUCCGGGCUUUCGUUGGAUGAAUUGAGCGCCGUUGCGGAAAGCAUCGCCAAAGCUACCGGAGACGCCUUAGAGGAUGCCAUGGAAUCCUCGCCGUCUUGGGCUGACUGGGCCAAAGGAAAAUUCGACGGUCUCGGCCUUAACGACUGGCUGUCUUCCUUAACCUCACCUGCACCUGGUCUGGCGCCGUCAGCCGCGCCUGUAUCAGCACCUGUUUCAGCACGGAAGAUCGCACCACACCACGCCCCAAGGUCUUCCCCCGCCCCGGAACCGGGUUCUGCACUCGAUUUGGCGCCGGAGUCAGCAGACUUAGCACCUGAAUUGGCAAUGGGAUCCUCAUCUGAAUGGGACUAUACAUCCGCAGAUGCACCGGCACCAGCUGCAUAGAUAAUGGAAAACAACGACCAGAGUGUGGGAAUGGAUAGCUAGCUCUAGCUUUAAUACCAAAUUCCCAAAAAUAGUUCUUUUAUAUAUUGUUCAAUAAAAUGCAAUUCUACGUGACAUCCACGCCCUUUCCUUUCUCCAUUCUUCAUCUGUAAUAUGUUAAGCUGCUUUUAGCAGUUGAACUUUAUGUUUUAAUUGUCUCUGCAAGUUUUGUAUUUCGAACUAUAUUUUUUGUAUGAAGAUUAUAUUUUCUAAUGAUAAAUAAAUAUUAACUGUUGGC